AUGGGUCAGACUCUGUCGGAGCCAGUUGUAGACAAGAACUCAGAGUCGGGUGGUGACGAACGUUUAAUCUAUGGCGUAUCUUCUAUGCAAGGAUGGCGUAUAAGUAUGGAGGAUGCGCAUGCUACAAUCUUAGAUUUACAAGCAAACACUGGAGAGGCUGCGCAGCCGACUUCUGUGGAUGACAGGCUGUCAUUCUUCGGAGUAUACGAUGGGCACGGAGGCGAUAGGGUCGCGGUAUUUGCCGGGGAAAAUAUACACCAGAUCAUUGCAAAGACGGAAGCUUUCAAGAACGGGGAUAUUGAACAGGCAUUGAAGGACGGUUUUUUGGCCGCGGAUCGGGCUAUUCUAAAUGACCCACGGUACGAGGAAGAAGUUUCCGGCUGCACAGCGUCUGUUGGUAUCCUCUCCGCAACUAAGAUAUUCGUGGGCAAUGCUGGGGAUUCCCGAAGUGUUCUCGGGGUGAAAGGCCGGGCUAAGCCGCUUUCGUUCGACCACAAACCUCAAAACGAAGGCGAGAAAGCUCGGAUUACUGCAGCUGGAGGAUUCGUUGACUUCGGGAGAGUGAACGGAAACCUUGCCUUAUCGAGAGCUAUCGGCGACUUCGAGUUCAAAAAGAGUGCGGAGCUUACCCCUGAGCAGCAGAUUGUAACCGCGUAUCCGGACGUAACUGUGCAUGAAAUCACAGAUGACGAUGAGUUCCUGAUAGUUGCGUGCGAUGGUAUCUGGGAUUGUCAGUCAUCUCAAGCAGUCGUUGAGUUCGUUCGACGUGGCAUUGCAGCAAAGCAAGAACUCUCAAAGAUCUGCGAGAACAUGAUGGAUAAUUGCCUUGCGUCGAAUUCCGAGACCGGCGGUGUUGGCUGUGAUAACAUGACCAUGACCAUUAUUGGCCUUUUGCGUGGCAAGACUAAGACCGAGUGGUAUGAUGAGAUCGCAAAGCGAGUCGCCAAUGGAGAUGGCCCUUGUGCACCUCCAGAGUAUGCUGAGUUCCGAGGACCUGGUGUACACCACAACUUUGAUGAUAGUGACAGUGGCUAUGAUGUUGACAUGGACCAAAAAAUCAAGGCCUUUGGAGGCACUCAAAAAGGACGCAUUAUCCUUCUGGGUGAUGGCACCGAAGUUUUGACGGAUUCAGAUGACACAGAGAUGUUCGACCAUCAGGAAGAAGAUAAGGACCUUGCAAGUCAAGUAUCCAAAGGACAAGUUGCUGGCAGUGACGAAUCAAAACCCACCGCCAAUUCAGAGGAAGGUACUAGUACGAAGCCAAAUUCUACAUCAGCAGACUCGGCAGCAAAGUAG